AUGGCCCCAAAACGCAAACGAACCACCAACCCCGAAGACAACAGCGACGAAGACACCAACACAGCUCGAGAAUCAAAACGCUUCACCUGGCUCAAACCACAAGUGAGAAACGUCUCAAAACACACUAUCAAAUCGAAAUGGUCCUCUCUGCCAGAACCCGUGCAAAACAAAGUUCGGGAAUUAUUCAGAUCGUUGGAACGGCCCGUUAUUGUGCGACAGCGCGAUGAGAAGAAGAGGAUUGAGGCGCAGGUUGCGCUGGGGGGCGUUGUGAAGACGUUGGAGCGACGACUCCCUCGCAUGCCCUUCCCACCGCUUACAAAAGAUGCUGGUUUUGAUCAUGAAUCUGUGCUGAAUGAGCAUCGAGUACUAGAGACACAAUUAUCCACAACAAGGAACACAAUCGACCUCCUAAAAUUAGAAAUCGAGCGUGAAGAAGCCCUUUUGGCCAAGGAAACGAAAUACGUCGAAGAAAUGGAAAAGAAUGCAAAAAAGGCGGAGGUUGAGCGCAAGCGACAGAUGAAGAAUGAACACCCAGUUCUACGACAUAUCGAUGCACACUCUGGAGAUGCAAAUGGAUCAUCAUCUUCGGUGCCGUUUGUGGUUCUUGAUCGGUCAAAGGAGCAGACUGCUCUUUGCGAGAUGGAACCCCAUCGCGAAAUUCAGUCGAUAGUAAUGCAAUUGAAUGGGCAUCUCAAUUCAAUGCAGACCAAUAUUGCGCCGUUUGUCGCAUUGAGAGAGGCUAUUACUGAGGCACAGGCGGCUUUGGAUUUUUUGCCCCUUCCGCCGGAUUGA